GAUUUUAAACUAAGUGGAUCUGCUUGUUUUUAAUUGUUCAUCAUCAUCAAAUCACAGACUCAAGAUGGCCCUAAAUGUGUUUGAUCAUGAUGAAUACAGACCACCAGUGUGGAAGUCCUACUUGUACCAGCUCCAGCAGGAGGCACCUCACCCACGCAGACUCACCUGUACCUGUGAGGUGGACAACCGACCUAAAUACUAUGGAAGAGAGUACCACGGGAUGAUUUCAAGAGAAGAAGCCGACCAGUUGCUGAGUCAGGCCGAAGGCAGCUACCUCAUCAGAGAGAGUCAGAGACAGCCGGGCACAUACACGCUGGCUCUAAGGUUUGGGAACCAGACUAGAAAUUUCCGCCUCUACCAUGACGGGAAGCACUUUGUUGGAGAGAAAAGGUUUGAGUCCAUCCACGACCUGGUCACAGACGGCCUCAUCACACUCUACAUCGAGACGAAGGCAGCGGAAUACAUCGCUAAGAUGACCAUAAACCCUAUCUAUGAACAUGUGGGCUACACCACCCUAAACCAGGAGCCCACUCUGAAGAAACACCUGCCAAUCAGCCCCGAGUUACCCGACGGACCUGCUCCAGCCAAAGACGACCACAACACAGAGGAGAGGCUCACAUCGCUGGUGCGGCGGGCCACCCUGAGGGAGAGCGACUUGGCGCCCAAGUACGAGAAGGUGCACAACUUCAAGGUUCAUACAUUUAGAGGCCCCCACUGGUGUGAAUACUGUGCCAACUUCAUGUGGGGUCUCAUCGCUCAGGGAGUCAAGUGUGCAGACUGUGGGCUGAACGUCCAUAAGCAGUGCUCCAAGGUGGUGCCCAACGACUGCCAGCCGGAUCUGCGGCACGUCAAGAAGGUGUACAGCUGCGACCUGACCACGCUGGUCAAAGCCCACAACACUAAGAGGCCAAUGGUGGUGGACAUGUGCAUACAAGAAAUCGAGGCCAGAGGUCUUCAGUCAGAGGGUUUAUACAGAAUAUCAGGCUUCAGUGAGCUGAUUGAAGACGUCAAGCUGGCUUUUGAUAGAGACGGAGAAAAGGCAGAUAUUUCCUCAAGCGCCUACGAGGACAUCAACAUUAUCACCGGAGCCCUCAAACUCUACUUCAGAGAGCUGCCUAUUCCCAUCAUCACAUAUGAUGCCUACCCACGCUUCAUAGAGGCCGCAAAGAUUACAGAUGCAGAAAAACGCCUGGAGUCGAUCCACGAGGCCUUGAAGCUGCUGCCACCAGCUCACUGCGAGUCACUGCGAUACCUCAUGGCUCACCUCAAGAGAGUCACCCAGUGUGAGAAGGAGAACCUCAUGUCCAGCGAGAACCUGGGUAUUGUCUUCGGUCCGACACUGAUGCGAGCCCCCGAUUUGGAUGCUAUGACGGCGCUCAACGACAUCCGAUACCAGAGACUGGUGGUGGAAACGCUCAUUACCAAUGAAGACGUACUGUUCUGA